GCUAGGAUAAAAGGGUCCAGGGACAAAGCAUUUCCAUCCACUCACCUCCUGAGGUAUCCACGAACUCGAACUCUGAGCUCCUUGACUUCGCUCCUGAACCACUACCUACCACGAUGUCCUGCCAGCAGAACCAGCAGCAGUGCCAGCCUCCUCCCAAGUGCACCCCCAAGUGCCCUCCCAAGUGUCCUACACCAAACUGCCCCCCAAAGUGUCCCCCUAAAUGCCCCCCAGUCUCUUCCUGCUGCAGUGUCAGCUCUGGUGGGUGCUGUGGCUCCAGCUCUGGGGGCUGCCACAGCUCCGGGGGUGGUGGCUGCUGCCUGAGCCACCACAGGCCCCGCAGGUCCCACCGCCACAGACACCAGAGCUCUGGCUGCUGCAGCCAGCCCUCCGGGGGCUCCAGCUGCUGUGGCGGGGGCAGUGGCCAGCAGUCUGGAGGCUGCUGCUGAGGAUGAGCCUUAAUCUUGAAGAGCAACAUUCAGGAAAGCAAACUACAGAAUGUAUCAUCUUGUAGGUCUGCCUCAAAGACUGAGAAGUUCCAGGGAAGACAACUUGAGAUUUGUUUAGCCUCCCUUGGUCUAAAAGCUCAUAUCUCCCCUGAUUCCUAUCAGCUGGCUUCGGACUCCAACUUGCAUCUACCCUCCAUGUUUCCUUGUUAAAUAUUCCAACUUCCUCCUUGUUUUACUUCUUACAUUGUGAACCUGACUGAAUAAAACAAUAAAAUAAGAAAUAUGCUUAA